AUGUAUGGUAAGAUUGGGACGCGAAACUGCCAUCAGGAGGUGAGGCAAAUGAAGAUAUACAUUGGCGCACCUAGGGGUUUUUGCGCGGGCGUAGUUCGCGCGAUAGACCUUGUUGAAAUUGCGUUGGAGCGAUUCGGCACACCUGUCUAUGUGAAGCAUCAGAUCGUGCAUAACUCGCAUGUGGUGGAUUCGCUUGAGGCGAAGGGGGCCAUCACUGUAGAGGAUGUGGACGAUAUACCGGAGGGAUCGAAGGUGGUGUUUUCGGCGCAUGGAUCGCCACCGGAAGACUUUGCUAAGGCGGAGGCCCGCGGACUGGAUGUCAUUGAUGCCACAUGUCCAUUGGUUACGAAGGUGCACAACGAAGCCAUCAGAUACGAUGGCGAGGACAGGCGGAUUAUCCUUGUCGGUCAUAGGGGACAUCAAGAGGUUAAAGGGACGAUGGGUCAAACAGGAAUGCACCUGGUUGACGACAGGGAGGAAAUGAACCUUCCGGACUGGGACGAUGAUACGCCGGUGGCGGUACUGACUCAGACAACGCUCUCAGUCGAUGACACCAAGCGUUCGAUAGAUGACAUUCAGAAUAAGUUCUCUAAUGCCAUAAUUAGGAAUGAUCUGUGCUACGCGACGACUAAUCGGCAGUCGGCUGUCAAAGAGAUCACCGACAAGAUUGACGUCAUGCUCGUGAUCGGGGCGCCCAACAGCUCGAACUGCAACAGGCUGCGCGAAGUUGCUGAAGCGCAGGACGUGCCCGCAUACCUGCUCAACGGACUCGAUGAGUUGCGACCCGAGUGGCUAGAGGGCGCAGAGAAUGUGGGCAUAACGUCGGGAGCAUCCACACCGGAGUAUCUGGUGCAGCAGGUCAUUGAUGCGCUUGAGCCGGACGAGGUUAUCGAAGUUGAGGUUGCGAAGGAGGAUAUAACCUUCGUGCUGCCAAAGGAGCUACGGGACUGA